ACAACUUCCAUUCUUCAUCUUGUAAAUGGAAAUGCUGUUAAUUUGUUCCAGCCCCUUAAAAUAAGCAUUUUGAAAGCCCGCUCUCUCUCUCCGUUUCUCUCGCUCUCUCACACACACACAGAGACCACCUCUCUCUUCUGCGUCUUCCAUCACCCAACUUGUUUUGUCUGCUGCCACUCAGUGCUGGAGAGAGGCAGCCUGAAAGAGGCUGACGACCUCCAGCACGGCGCAUUUUUUCAUCCCGUCUUGUCACUCGAGAGCUGGAACUACCAGAUUGCAUCGCAUAGACGGACGGGGUAGUGCUUUGGCGCAUGGCAAGUUGCACCCAAAGCACUUUUACGCACGGCUCUCAGCGCAGAGGAUGUGAGCGUGGAGGGGAACGAAAAACAAAGUGAGGCAAGAUGCGCGGCGCUGAGCUGCUGUUCGCUUACGUCCUGGCCAAAGUGAGCGUGCGGCAUGUGGAAGGCCAGGUGGAGCGCGCGUCGGACGAGUUGGUGCUGGUGAGCGCAUACAACGAGUCGGCGGAGUCCACGACGAACGGCGUGACGGAGAGCCCGCACACGGAGGACAAAUGUCGCGGCUACUACGACGUGAUGGGCCAAUGGGACCCGCCGUUUGUGUGUCAGACGGGGGACUACCUGUACUGUUGCGGCACGUGCGGCUUCAGGUUCUGCUGCGCCUUCCGCAGUUCCCGACUGGACCAGACCACCUGUAAGAACUACGACACGCCGCCGUGGAUGAUGACAGGCAGGCCGCCGUCCAAAGUGGACGUGGUGCAGGACUCAACCAAGGACAAGACCAACAUGAUCGUGUAUGUCGUCUGCGGGCUGGUGGCCAUCGUGGCGCUGAUUGGCAUCUUCACCAAGCUCGGGCUGGAGAAGACACAGCGACCGAACCAAGAAAACAGAACUUUGGCACAUGUGACCCGUCAUCCCGCCUCUGAACAUACAGACGAGAUGACCCUGGGGCUGCACUAUGAGAACAUGCAGACAAGAGUUGCAAUAAACAGUCUCCACAGCCCCCAGAUGAACAACACGACGACGCCUGCGUCGCCUCUGCUCAUUGAGCCCUACGCACUGCUGGAGCAGAUCAGCAGCCCUUAUGUACCGCAGACGUCAAUCAAGGACCUCAACAAGUAUGCCACCCUCAAGGCUGUUGCAGAAAAAGCGAACGACAGCUUCUACAUCAACCGCCGCCAAGUGCUGAGCGGAAUAACAGCGAAGGGCGGCCUUCCAAUGGAACACGUGGAAACGGAGCCGGAACCCAGAAACCCCUACAGCCCGCCCAGACAGAUGUCGAGCAACCAUAGCGGACGCAAACACAAAUACCCGAGAAGCCACAGCAGCUCCCAGUCGCUGUCCUUCGGUUCUUUUUCCAGCCCGGCCACGCCGAGACCUUGGGAGAGCAACGACACGCUGGGGCUGAAGCGGUGCUACGGCCCGACUAAACUUUGCAUCACCGGGAGGGAACUUCAGAACGUUCCCUUCAUGCCGCCACAGCCCUAUUUGGUCACCAACAGCAAGACGGAGGUGACAGUAUGAAGAACAGCGAGUGCUCAUGUAAAACAUGACUGUGGACUGUUCGACAUAAAAUCAUUUGAGACAAAUGAGUGUUAACGAACAAUAAUACCAAAAUCACAAAUCCGAAUUAAAUUAUACACAUUGAAACUGCGCACCAUUUUACUUAUUAUAUUAUUUAUUUAUCUUAUUCCUGCCAAAAUAAACUGCGUCACCCUCAAGCCACCACUAAAAUGUAAUGUUUCAUAAAUUCCCCAAAAAUAAUUAAAAAAUGUCUCAGACUGUUAUGUUUAUUACAUCAUAAGCACAUAUACAGUAUCUAAAAUCACACUUGUUUUUUUUUCCCCAUACUCAACUUGUGAAAUUAACACUUAAUUAAAUGUGUUUGCCUAUUUCAAGACUGAGAACAUAUUUUCCAUUUCAACCAGUCACAAUGCUAUUAAAUGUAGUGAGUACAUAUUGUUACAUUCUGUGGUUAAUUGUCGUUUUCAUAUCAGGAAUGAACAUUACACGUAUUUGAUACACUAUUUGUACUCGCUAGUUCUAAUGAAUGCCUUUAUCAAGGCAAGAUUGAUAUUUUACAAGAAUAAAGAAAAUGUCUAUUAUGGUUACGAGACUAUUCGAGAUUUUAGCUACUCGACCUUUAAUGGUACAAACUGGAAAAUUGAUCAAAACAAGCUUUUUAGGUUGGUAGUUGAGCCAAACAUUUGAAAUAUUUUAAAAGGAUUUUUGGGUAAUAGGUCAGUUGACUAAUUUGCAAUAACAACAUAAAAUGGAAACACAGUCCAAAUUAUUUGAAUUUUUGGUGGAUUGUCCAAAUAAAAGGAAAAUAUUUUUAAUUGUGUUGCAGCAGUACAAAAAAAUGGCAUGAUUUUGUUUUGUGUGGCUAUUAAAAUAUUUUUUAAUAA